UAUAAAAGUCACUGAAACUUUGCACACUUCCUCACUGGGCUAGCUCCUCAGAAAAUAUGAAGCUCGUUUACAGGAUUUUGCUCCAGACAGCUCUGCUGCUAUUUACAAAUGGCUCUGCAGCGACAGAUGAUAGCAGCACAGACAGCGCCGGAGAAGAAGAACUGACUGGUGCUUGUCCAAUACAACUCAAACGCAGCGGGGAAUGUGAUGGAGAGGAAUGCCCGUAUCGGAUAACCUUGCCUCCAAUGACCAUCCAGCUGCCCAAGCAGUUUCGACUGAUUGAGAGAACACUCAAAGAAGUGCAGAACCUUAAGGAAGUUGUAAACAAGAUGAAGAAGUCCUGUGAAGACUGCAAGCUGCAGGCAGAUGAGAAUCCAGAAAAAGACAGCAACGAAUUCCUGCCACCUGGCACAGACGCUCCAGUUGACAAUAGCAAAAUACAAGAUAACAGGGUAAAAGAAUUGCAGAACAAGGUUUCCAGGCUGUCAGCCAGUCUGAAGAAUGCAAAGAACCAAAUCCAUUCUUUACAGAAUCAGCUGGAGCACAUGAACCUCAUAAACAUGAACAACGUGGAAAGCUAUGUGGACAGCAAAGUAGCCAACCUGACAUUUGCUGUGAACAAUCUGGAUAAUAAAUGCUCUUCAAAUUGCCCAGCCACACAACCAAAACCAGUUAUACAGAUUCUGCAAGGAGACUGUUCCAAUUAUUAUGCAGCAGGCAAAGAGCGUAAUGGAAUCUACAGAAUUACUCCUGAUCCAAGACAUGAUAGCUUUGAUGUUUACUGUGAGAUGGAAUCUAUGGGAGGUGGCUGGACAGUGUUCCAAAUGCGUCAGGAUGGCAGCACCAGCUUCAACAGAACAUGGAAAGAAUACAAGAAUGGCUUCGGAAACCUGAGUAGAGAAUUCUGGCUAGGGAAUGACAAAAUUCACCUUCUGACCAAAAGCAAGGAGAUGCAGCUGAGGAUUGAACUUGAGGAUUUCAACGGAGUCAAAGAAUAUGCAAAAUAUGAACCAUUUUAUGUGACCAAUGAAUUUCUCAAAUACCGCUUAAGUAUUGGCAAAUACAGUGGUACAGCUGGGAACGCCCUGCAAUUCAGCAAACAUUACAACCAUGACCAAAUGUUCUUCACUACCCCAGAUAGAGACAAUGACAGGUAUCCAUCAGGAAACUGUGGAGCAUACUAUAGCUCUGGGUGGUGGUUUGAUGCAUGUCUGGCGGCUAAUCUAAAUGGCAAAUAUUAUCACAAAAAAUACAAAGGUGUUCGCAAUGGAAUUUUCUGGGGCACCUGGCCAACAGCUUCGGAUAAUAGUCUGAAUGGUUACAGACAACCUUUCAAAAAGGUCAGAAUGAUGAUGAGACCCAAAGUCUUUGCGCCUUGAAUUAGUAACUUCUCAAUAUUGACACUUUUCUCCAGUAUCUGAGUGCAAUUUAAAAAACAACAACUGUUAUAUCUCAUGUUUAAAUACUUUCCCCCUGAGAAAACACCUCUUCCAAAGGCACCCUAAUGUACGGCAUCUCUCCUGAUAAAUUCUAAAUGUACCGGGAACAAUUCAAUUGUUUGGUAACAAAUAAUGUGUCACCCUCAUCCAUUAACUUCUGUUAGGUAAGAAGAUGGGUGUAAGCUUAUUUUGCAAAGCUGACUUCAAAGGCAUUCCACUAUUGCAGUAUCACAAAACAAUGCCUCAGCCACCCACAGGCCAAAACCAGAUUUGUAGAGUUGGAGAGCAACAGUUUCAGACCCUUAAUGUACUGCUUCCUCAUCAUAUUCCAUAAAUAUCUCUGCAGAACCACCAACCUGCUGCAAAGCCAUGAGCCCAAACUGCCUUAAACUCAAGUAUUCCAAGACAACUAGUUGACCUUCAUCUGCUUAUUACUAUAUUUUUCUAUGUAAAUAAUAGAUUCAAUUUGUUAUAGUUUAAUAAUUCAUUGCCACUGUCAACUAGCUUUUUUUUAACCAUGUGACUGUACCAAAACAAAAACAAUACAUUUUAAUCUAAAGGCUAAUAAAUGCUGUUAAGGAAGCAUUUCUUAUGAUGUUGCUAUUUUUAUAUAUGAGCAAACAUUGCAAUAAAGGUAAAGGGACCCCUGACCAUUAGGUGCAGUCAUGACCGACUCUGGGGUUGCGGCGCUCAUCUCGCUUUAUUGGCCGAGCGAGCCGGCGUACAGCUUCCAGGUCAUGUGGCCAGCAUGACAAAGCCGCUCCUGGCAAACCAGAGCAGCACACAGAAACGUUGUUUACCUUCCCUCAAACAGAUUUCUGGUAUAUUGCUGGAAUUAUUAUUAUUUUUAAAAGAGCUACUUUAGGCAAUUAUGAUCUAAGUGAUCUUGCUUCUUCGGUAGGCAUUUCCAAAGCUGGCUAAUAUAGGUGUAUAUAUCUCUUUAUGCAACAGAAGGAACGUACAGGAGAGGCAUCCUUACAAUGCCUUAUGUUUGUGAACAGUAAAGAGAGAAAUGAAUAUAAUAUUUAAUAUUAAAACACAACAGGCUUUUCAAAUGUCCAAACACAUUUAGAAUUUUCAUUGCGUAUUGUUGCUAAUGACCAAAGUAUGUGGAUUCACGUGUGUGUGUGUGUGUGUGUGUGUGUGUGUGUUGUUAAAGGGGCUUUGCUAGAUGGAAUUAUGCCCAAUUGUGCCAUGCAAUUUGGCAAUUUUUCUUCAUUGUAAAUGUCUUUUAACUGGUGAGGGAAACCAAAUCUAAUACUGAGAGAUUCUAUCACCUUCGCUAUAAAAUGUUACGUAUCAUCAUUAGAGGUUGCUGCUGGCCUGGUGAGUUUUCUAGAUGAAAGCAUCCUUAAAUUACAGGAUUGGAUCCAGUGUGUCCCAUCUGAAAAUGGAAGGGUUCCUUCUGUUCUCUGUUCACUGUUCAUCUAAUCCCCCUUCCAGGCUCUCAUGUCACCUCUCAUACUUUUCCGGGGUUUCCUCAGUUAUCUGAAGCAGUUUUACAGAAGGCUGCAGGGGAAAAUAGACUCCUGGGGAACAUCCUGUGAGUGAAGUUCGAACACAGGAUUCAACCCAAAAUGUAGAAAUGAAUGUAAUCACUUGUUAUGAUGUACAGUAAAAGAUUUCCUCCAAACCAUGUUGAAGUCAAUGGAAGAUAAGUAUCUACUGUAAUUUUGAUUGGUUUUGGUUUCUGCAUUUACAUACUGUACAGUGCUUAAAGAUCUGCACAACUGACUACUAGUUUGCUUCUGGGCACAAUUCUGAUUGCUGUUUUUUGCCACUCAACUGUAGGUCUGGGAUGAGGUGUAUGAAACCCCCCCAUGAACUUGCCUAUGUGCAGCGAUUCUUGGCUUAGGCCCUGCUCCAAAUGCCUCCCAAAUGUGGUGGGUGGCUUCUGGGGACAGUUCCUUUUCUGUGGUGGCACCCAGACUUAGACCUCCCUUCCCAAGCACAGUUCCAAAGCUUAUAUCACGAUCUUUUAGGUAACAAUAAAACAUUUGUAAU